CGAGAGUGCUGCUCGCCCGCCUGGUCCUGGAAAAACACUCGCUGGGGAUGUGUCUGGCUGCAGGGAUUGCAACAUCGACCGUUCAAUUGCUAUCCCUACGAUAUGAUCUCACAAUUCUCACUGCCAGGGUUGGAGGAGCAGACACUACAUACACCACAGGAGGAGAAAUACACCUUUAGAAUUUCCCCAAAAUAAGCAGUGCAGCACUGAUGGGGGAUCUGAGGCAGAAGUUCGGGGUCAUGUCACAGACAAUAUGCCCAAGUUCACGGGCUUCAUCCGAUGAGGACUUAAAGGCCCCAAAUGGAGGCAAAGAAGAGAAGAUGUACAUGAGGAGAGAAAUCUCUCUCGUCAACGGGAUCUGCCUCAUUGUGGGCAACAUGAUCGGCUCUGGAAUCUUUAUCUCACCUAAAGGUGUGCUCAUGCACAGCGCCUCCUACGGGCUAUCGCUACUGAUCUGGGCCCUCGGAGGUAUCUUCUCAGUGUUCGGGGCUCUGUGCUACGCAGAGCUCGGCACCACCAUCACCAAGUCUGGAGCCAGCUACGCCUACAUCCUGGAGUCUUUUGGCAGCUUCCCGGCCUUCAUCCGCCUGUGGACGUCCAUCCUGCUGAUCGAACCUGCCAGCCAGGCCGUGAUUUCACUCACCUUCGCCAACUACCUGGUGGAGGCUUUCUACCCAACCUGCCAGCCGCCGUACGAUGCUGUCCGCCUCAUAGCAGCAGCCUGCCUCUGUAUGCUCAUUUUUGUCAACUGUGCCUAUGUGAAGUGGGGGACUCUGAUCCAGGAUAUCUUCACUUAUGCCAAACUCUCGGCACUCAUCCUCAUCAUCAUUGUAGGAAUCCUGAAACUAUCCAUUGGAGAAACAAAAAGCUUUGAGAAUCCGUUUGAGGGCUCCACCACGGAUCCCGGAGCCAUAGCUUUGGCCCUCUACUCGGCUCUGUUCUCCUACUCUGGAUGGGACACACUUAACUUUGUGACUGAGGAAAUUCAGAAUCCAGAGAGAAAUCUGCCCCUGGCCAUUGCCAUCUCCAUGCCCAUCGUAACCAUCAUCUACCUGUUGACCAACGUGGCGUACUACGUGGUCCUGGACAUGCCAUCUCUGCUGGCCAGUGACGCCGUUGCUGUGACCUUUGGGAAUGCAGUACUGGGGCCGUUCAAGUGGGUCAUCCCUGUGUCAGUGGCCAUGUCCUGCUACGGAGGACUCAAUGCUUCUAUCAUUGCUGCCUCAAGGUUGUUUUUCGUUGGAGCCAGAGAAGGCCACCUCCCCAGCAGUCUGAGUCUGAUCCACCUGGAGCGUUACACACCCAUACCUGCGCUGCUCUUCAAUGGGUUGAUGGGCCUGAUCUUUCUGUGUGUGGAGGACGUGUUCCAGCUCAUCAACUACUUCAGCUUCAGUUACUGGCUCUAUGUGGGCCUGUCUGUGGCCGGCCUCAUCUACCUGCGCAUCACCCAGCCUAACCGACACAGGCCCGUCAAGUUGACCCUGCUCUUCCCCUUCAUCUACUGCCUUUGCAGCCUGUUCUUAGUCCUUGUUCCUCUUUACGCAGACACCAUCAACUCUCUCAUAGGGAUUGGCAUUGCGCUCUCUGGGGUGCCAGUUUAUUAUGUGGCCAUUUACCUGCCUGAGGACAAGAGGCCCAAUUUCAUACGUAAAUUAAAUGCUUUUGCCACCAGAUACACGCAGACUCUGCUCUACUGCUGCCUGACAGAAGUCACAGAGACAGAAACACAAGCAGGCGCUAAAACGCAGUGAACUCUGACGUCCAUGGAACCGCCCACUAAGGAGGCCUCUGUCCUGAAAGACGAGGCCCACGAUGGACAGCACAGCCUGGCCUGGACUCACAGCCUUUGUGUGCCACGUCAAGUUAAAAAAAAAAGAAAAAAUGAAGAGGCCUGACAUCUCGAUUGACCAUGAGGAGCGAGCGCUUGAGAGACUGCAGACUCGCUUUCCUCCGCAAAUGUGAUUUACUUUUCUUCAGACAACGGGGAGUAUUUCCUACGAGGAUUCAAUAAAAGUUUAAGCUCACAUUUUAUUUAGUGUUAAGAUGCAAUAUGAUAAGUCUUUUUCAAGAAUACAUCAUAUACUACUCAUAAAUCAUGCAAUGGUCUUCAUUUAGAAGCGGUAGGACUAAUGUUACUGUGUUUAACUACAUAAUCAUAUGUAAUGUAAUGCAUCUAACAGCAUCUGGCUUAUUAAUUGACACACUCGCUUUAAGGAGUCACUGUUACAAUGUCAACAAAAAUAACCUGCAUACACUAAUCUCCAUACGCAUCAGCAGUACAACAGAGCAUGCUCAUGGUGUGGUGAUCAAAAACUCUGUGUUUACAGAUGUAAAACGUGAUGGUACACUUGUUUACACCAAUUUGGUGACCUGCAUACAUUUAUUCUGCAAAUCCUACCUACAUGUGAAUGACCACAUAUUAAGAACAAUGUCAAAAAGUUUCAACCAGGGUCUUCAGCAGCUUCACUGUGAAGCAGGUCCAGUCAAGUGCCUUGUUUGUCUUUCACUUUAAAUCAAACUGCAGCUUCUCCCACAAGGAGGAGCUGUUUCGUUUUUUAGACCGAAACAUCUUUUGUAUGCUUCACUUGAAAGGGCUCAUGUUUCUGUUUUAUUUGACAUGUAAUAACAAACUACUGUAUAUUGUACAAUGUAUGGCACCGAGGGCAUCAGCUCUUGCGUUUUGGCAACCAAUCACACUGUCACUUGACAGCACUUAAAAGAUAAAUGCAACUUCCACAUUAUUUCACUCUAUAGAAAGCAGUUUUAGUACAUGACCGCUUUAUAAUAAUCUACUUCCUUCACAUGUGAAGUGCAACCAAAUACAUUCAAGAAUACACUUUUGGAAACAAGAGGCCUUUUCUUUCUGAAAGUGAUUCUCAGCCUUUGUCUUAUUUCAAACAGAUAUGACAUUUUCAUAUAUUUACACUCUGUCUUGAAUAAUUUAGCUGAUAUGGACAAACUUUGUUUCUUAAUUCUUUUGUAUUGUGAUUCAUAUGCAAAACUUUUUCACAAUAAAUGUGUGGAUUAUAUUUGCCAAAAUGUGCCACACUACA